UACCAGCAGCACACACAGCACACAGGGCUGUAUUUUUAAAUAGAAGAGGUUGAGGAGGAAAUGGUUUGACUCAUGGAUUAUUGUCAGAUCAUCUUUGUGCUCACAGGAGCACUGAUCAAUGUUGCCUCCACCCAAACUCAUCAGUACCACUUUGUGAGCACACCACUGAACUGGACUGAAGCUCAGAGCUUUUGCCAACAGUUCUACACUAACCUGGCCACUGCAGAAAACACAGCUGACAUCAGUGCCAUUAUCAGCACCACAUCAAACUACACAGGCAAGGCUUGGAUAGGCCUCAACCAUGAUUUGGUAAGCAGCUGGAGAUGGUCCCUGAGUGACAGCAGCUUCUACGGUGAAGGAGAGACAGAAUUUAGAAACUGGGAUGAGGAGCAGCCGAACAAUAUUAGAGCACAACACCAGUGUGUGCAGGUUUAUGGAUACUCUGGCACUUGGGGAGUAACUGAGUGCAUCCAGCUACGACACUUUGUGUGCCACAACGGUACAGUAAGUGGCACAUCAUCCUUUGUUAAGGUCAACACAUAUUCCAAUUGGACCGAAGCUCAGAGGUUCUGCAGGGAGCAUUAUGUCGAUCUAGCCAGUAUACAAACUCAGGCAGAAAAUGACAUUAUCAAAAACAUGUCAGCUGGCAGCUUUUUGUGGAUCGGUCUGCACCGGGAAAAGCUGUGGUCUGAUGGGAGCUCCUCUCUGUUUCGACACUGGGCCAACGGACAGCCAGACUUUAGCGCAGGAGAAUGUGUAACUACAGCGUUCAACGACUCAGGGCGGUGGUCAGAUGAUAACUGUUUCCACAGUUUCCCAUUCAUCUGUUAUGAAACAACUCCUCUGAAUGCAGAAAGCUUCAGAUCAACAGGACAAGAUGAGACCAGUAUCACUCUGCAGUGGAAUAAAGUCAACAACAAUGUCAGCUUUAUUCUCCAGUUUAAUGGUACACAGAUAAACAUCCCUGCACCAGAUGGAGAUGGACCAGUAACUCACACAGUCUCAUCUCUCACUGCUGGAACUAAAUACACAUUCACUCUCUUCUCUGUGUUUGACAACGUCAGAAGCAGUGGACUAAACAUUACUGCAGUCACUGCUCCUCUAAAUGCAGAAAGCUUCAGAUCAACAGGACAAGAUGAGACCAGUAUCACUCUGCAGUGGAAUAAAGUCAACAACAAUGUCAGCUUUAUUCUCCAGUUUAAUGGUACACAGAUAAACAUCAGUGCACCAGAUGGAGAUGGACCAGUAACUCACACAGUCUCAUCUCUCACUGCUGGAACUAUAUACACAUUCACUCUCUUCUCUGUGUUUGAGAACGUCAGAAGCAGUGGCGUAAACAUUGCUGCAGUCACUGCCCCUCCAAACGCAGAAAGCUUCAGAUCAACAGGACAAGAUGAGAACAGUAUCACUCUGCAGUGGAAUAAAGUCAACAACAAUGUCAGCUUUAUUCUCCAGUUUAAUGGUACACAGAUAAACAUCAGUGCACCAGAUGGAGAUGGACCAGUAACUCACACAGUCUCAUCUCUCACUGCUGGAACUAAAUACACAUUCACUCUCUUCUCUGUGUUUGAGAACGUCAGAAGCAGUGGACUAAACAUUACUGCAGUCACAGCUCCUCUAAAUGCAGGAAACUUCAGAUCAACAGGACAAGAUGAGACCAGUAUCACUCUGCAGUGGAAUAAAGUCAACAACAAUGUCAGCUUUAUUCUCCAGUUUAAUGGUACACAGAUAAACAUCAGUGCACCAGAUGGAGAUGGACCAGUAACUCACACAGUCUCAUCUCUCACUGCUGGAACUAAAUACACAUUCACUCUCUUCUCUGUGUUUGAGAACGUCAGAAGCAGUGGACUAAACAUUACUGCAGUCACAGCUCCUCUAAAUGCAGGAAACUUCAGAUCAACAGGACAAGAUGAGACCAGUAUCACUCUGCAGUGGAAUAAAGUCAACAACAAUGUCAGCUUUAUUCUCCAUUUUAAUGGUACACAGAUAAACAUCCCUGCACCAGAUGGAGAUGGACCAGUAACUCACACAGUCUCAUCUCUCACUGCUGGAACUAAAUACACAUUCACUCUCUUCUCUGUGUUUGAGAACAUCAGAAGCAGUGGACUAAACAUUACUGCAGUCACAGCUCCUCUAAAUGCAGAAAGCUUCAGAUCAACAGGACAAGAUGAGACCAGUAUCACUCUGCAGUGGAAUAAAGUCAACAACAAUGUCAGCUUUAUUCUCCAGUUUAAUGGUACACAGAUAAACAUCAGUGCACCAGAUGGAGAUGGACCAGUAACUCACACAGUCUCAUCUCUCACUGCUGGAACUAAAUACACAUUCACUCUCUUCUCUGUGUUUGACAACGUCAGAAGCAGUGGACUAAACAUUACUGCAGUCACAGCUCCUCUAAAUGCAGAAAGCUUCAGAUCAACAGGACAAGAUGAGACCAGUAUCACUCUGCAGUGGAAUAAAGUCAACAACAAUGUCAGCUUUAUUCUCCAGUUUAAUGGUACACAGAUAAACAUCAGUGCACCAGAUGGAGAUGGACCAGUAACUCACACAGUCUCAUCUCUCACUGCUGGAACUAAAUACACAUUCACGCUCUUCUCUGUGUUUGACAACGUCAGAAGCAGUGGACUAAACAUCACUGCAGUCACUGGGCCUCAUUAUGUUGUUGGACUGGACAUUAGAUUACAGUCGGUUAUUGAGCUUUCAAAAUCGGACAUAGAGAAUGAAUUAACAGAGCUCUUGAAACAAUACGGACUGCCGCCACAGGUGUUGUCCCUGAGGGUUCAAUCUGUUAAGAGGAAAGAGACCAAGAAUCCAAUUUGAUAUAUUACAGUGAGGAAAAGAAAGAGGAGGAAUCACACCUCCUUAUCUAAGAAAGUUUUUCUACCCUUUACAGCUAUCAUUUGCCAUAAUGGUACAACUGGGAAGCCAAACAGAAGGAAUUAAAAUUUGGAGUGACUACAAAUUUAUCUCUUUGGCCCACAGUUGCUGACAGAGGACUCGCAGCCCAAAUGUUAGAUUUUUUUUUGGUUAAAAAAAAAAGGGCUAAAUCUCACAUUUAAAAUACGACAGAUGGGGGUUAAGCCAGGUGGAAUCGACAACAUGUUCAAACUUUUCAGAUGGUGUGCAUUCUUCCCAACAAUGGACAUUAAAAAAAGAUUGGAAUCCUGGAUAAAGAAAAGACUUACAACUUAUUCCUCAUUUACACACAAAAGUGCACUACAGUAAGUUUUCAGACUCACCGGGGCAAACAUGGCCUUGUGCAGAAUGACUUUUUAGAUACCUCCAAGUAAAAUAUAAUUUCAACUUGAAGUGUAUCAUCUACACAACAUCAUGGCACACUGUUUUUGUACUUUUACAAUUUUAUACUGUUGCAAAAUGAUACAAUACAUGCAAUUUAACUGACUGAUGGUUGGCAGUCAAAUAGAGGUCACUUGAUCCUGAAUUUUUUUUUUUUUUUUGAUGUGAGGUUUUGAAAGAACUUUAUACAACUUCACUUCCUGCACUUUGUGUCACUGUUGGAGUAACACGGAUCUUUACCAAAACAAAUCUAUUGUACUCACCAUCUUUUCUGUAAUAGUCCCUACAGCUGUGUUAUUUUGUCUGUAAAGUUUUUAUUGUUACAGUAUUGUGAUAAUAUUUAUAAAUAUACAACCCCAUUUCCAAAAAAGCUGGGACGAUGUGUAAAACAUAAAUAAAAUCCAAAUGCAAUAAUUUCCAAAUCUGUUUUAACUUAUAUUCAAUUGAAUUCAGUACAAAUACAAGACAUUUAUUGUUAAAACUGAUAAAACUAUUGUUUUUUUCUGACAAAUACACUCAGUCUGAGUUUAAUGCUUGCAACACGUUAUAGAAAAUUGGGGCAGGAGCGACAAAAGCCUGGGAAAGUUUGAGAAUGCUCAAAAACACCUGUGACACUCUACAAGUAAACAAGUCAAUUGGCACAAAGACAUAGUAUCAUCAAUAGGAAUGAAAGGGGCAUCCUCAAAAGGCUUACUUGUUGAUGGGGUUCAUGGGCGGCUGUGGUUCAGGAGGUAAAGCUUGUCAUCCACUAAUCGGAAGAUCAUUGGUUUGAACCCCGGCUCCUCCAGUCCGCAUGUCAAAGUAUCCUUUGGGCAAGAUAUUGAACUCCAAAGUACUCCCGAUGGCUGUUCCAUUGAUGGGUGGGUGAGUGCGUGUGAAUAGUUACUGAGUAGCAGGUGGCACCAUGUAUGGUAGCCUUGGCCAGCAGUAUGUGAAUGUGACUUGUAGUGUAAAAAGUGUUUUGAGUGGUCAGAAGACUGGAAAAUGGAUGCUACUACAUGGGCUCAGAAAUACUUUGGAAAAUCAUUGUCAGUAAACACAGUUCAUCGCUGCAUCUACAAAUGCAAGUUAAGACUCUGCCAUUCAGAGUAAAAGCCAAAUAUCAACAACAUCCAGAGACACCGGAGACUUCUCUGGACCCAAGCUCAUCUGAGAUGGACAUGCCCCAUGUCCCAACUUUUUUGGAACAUUUAGCAGGCAUCAAGUUCAGAAUGAAAGAAUAAUAAAGUUAAUCAGUUUGACCAUUAAA